AUGAAUAACGACGAACUAUGUGAAGAAUUACUUGAUAAGGAAAUAUAUGUGAUGGAUGAACUUGGUGUUUGUCAAGAGGUUAUUUUGAUUAAGAAGAUUAAAGAAGAAUCAAAUAGAGAAAUUUCUGACAUGUUUCUGGUUCAUGCAGAUGACACUGAAAUCGAAGUUAAACAUAAACCAACAUUUUCAUCGUUAAUAGCCUCAAUUCCGUGUGGAAAAAUCGGUAAACAACAGCCGCUAGCGUCAUCACCAUCCCUCGUAUUGAACUCCAAUAUUAAUGGGGUAAAUGAAGAUUUAUUACAGAAUGCGGUUCUCGAUUAUUAUGAAAUAUCAAACUAUUGUAUAACCACUCAGCCGUUUAGUAUUUUUAAUUAUGUCGAUUAUAAUAAUGAACAAUGUUAUUCGAUGCCGAAUCGACAAUCAGAAGUAUUAUUUACAUCGUUACUUCAACCAUCGUCUGUUAUUCAGUUCAGUGGGAAAGUAUCAUCACAAUAUAAAGCUGAGAUUUGUGUUGAUAAUACACCAGCUGAUAAUGAUGAAGAAAAUAAAGAUGAAAAAGAAAAAAGAAAGUAUGAAAGAAAAAAGCAUUCGAAAAAAUAUCAACAUCGUCGACGAAAUCGUCUUCAAAAAUUAAUCCAAAAUUUCCUCGAAAAACAUCAAAAAAAACGUGAAUUACAAAAGACAAAACAACAGAGCAUUGUGAAAGAAAACGAUCAGACCAAUCAAGAAAAAAGUGAGAACGUGCAACAGUCACAACAACGUCGUUCCUCGACAUCAUCCUCACAAGCUUCUUCAACUAUCACAACAUCGUCUGAAUUAAAUGGAUUAUUUAAUUUACAAUUAUUUCCUGAUUUAUCAAAAAGAAAAUAUAUUUAUAAAGAUGUUUUUAAUCGAAAGAAUAAAGAUCACAACAAUUGGGAGUACUUUGGUCAAUCUCACGAUACGUCUUCAACGCCUCGUAAUGACCAAACAGUUUCAAAUGCCUCUUGUUCUCAUCCAUAUUAUGAUAUUGACAAUGUUUCACCGUGUUCUGUUCGCGUUGGUUUAUCAAGUAGAAAAAAAGUGAAACAUUUACAUAAACAAAUUUUAAUUUAA